AUGAGUCGGAAAUUCACAUGGCAAGAAGUUGGUGACAAUGCCAAAAAUGGCUGGAUUGUCAUUGGCGAUUCAGUCUAUGGACCAUAAGGAUUUUUAGAUUCUCAUCCAGGAGGCCCCGCAGUCAUCAGGAAUAAAGCAGGCAAAGAUGUCACUAGAUUCUUUUAUGAAAUGGGUACUAAACAAUAUAUGAAACAAGGUCAUUCCUAGAAUGCUCAAGAUAUUUUGAAAUCCUUGAAAAUUGGAGAGAUCGAUAAGAAUUCAUAACCCGCAAAAUGGUAAGUAGAUUCAGAUCAAAGACUAGUAGCAAUUACCUCUGUAUUGCUAAUAUUGGCAAUUGCAUUUCUUUAUUUUUAUGUUUUGAGAAAAUGA